AUGGCAUGUUUACUUCUCUUCUACAAAUCCUAACCUUCUUUCCCUAACACUUUACUCACAUCUCACACGCCAUUGCCUGUACUCGAAUCAAUGGCUGAUUCCUCCUUUGAAAUUGAUUACCACUCCACUGGCCGCUCACGAAACUAUCAUCAGCGUAGGCAACUCAGGCACCCCAGCACUCCUGUUAACUCACAGUAUGAUUCACGUUCAUUUACACAAUUCAGCUUUACAAAUACUCCAAAUAGGCUUCGCCAAACUCCUUCCACGCCUUUCGCCACGGACAAUGAUACGUCAUGGCAAGAUGAGCUUUCAUGGCAGUUUCAGCCCACAGGGUGGAAUGAUACCCGCAGCCUGGGAGCAGCUCUUAGCCCAUGGGCAGCUAGCACACCAUCAAACAGACAUAUUUUUCAAAGAUCAGCAAAUGACUACUAUCUUUCACGUACACAUGGUGGAUUUAGAACCUUCACAAAUCCAUACUACGAUCAAUCUAGCUAUGGUGCUGUACCUGCUGGUAGGCUUGAGCUACAAAGCUACGCUGCCAGAAAUAAUGAGAGGUCGGUAGUUCAUGUUAGGGAUUAUAGCUCGGCUGCUUACAGUAAUUCCCAUCAUGGGAUUUCAAGACCAAUAUCUCAGGCUAUUAAGGGAGGGGCUCGCAAAAAUGCAAGUCCUUUGGUUGAUCAAGAUGAGCUUAGCAUGAUUGACUAUGACAGCGAGGAUGUUGAGAAACAGGGAGAGUUAUUGCAGAAUGACACUAAUCUCCAUGGUGAUAAAGAUUCUAGAUGGAUUUCAGUGUCUCAUGCUUAUAUGGAAGAUGAUGGUGUUAGUCCAUUGUACCACAGUACUCCACAUGGUGGGCACGAUCAUCAUGGUCAUGAAUUAUCCCGUAGUAGACAUGAUGAUUUCCUCAGUGCUUAUGAAGCUAAUCGAUCAACCAGUCGUGAUUACGUUCCCGGUAAGAAUCCAUAUGAUGACAUUGAUCAGGCUUCGGAGUAUGAAGAUGAAGAUUAUGAUGAGGAGGAGGAUGACAACGAAGAAGCAGCACGAAGGCAAGUAGGGUUGUUUAGUCUGUUCAAAUACUCGACGAAAUGGGAUAUGGUUCUUGUGUUUUUGGGUUGUUUAGGAGCUCUCAUAAAUGGAGGAUCUCUUCCAUGGUAUUCUUAUUUUUUCGGAGAUUUUGUGAACAGGAUUGCGAAGCACUCUGAUGAUAAUAUGAUGAAAGAAGUGGAGAGGAUAUGUCUGCUUAUGACUGGAGUAGCAGCAUUAGUUGUGGUUGGAGCCUAUUUAGAAAUCACUUGUUGGAGAUUAGUUGGAGAACGAUCAGCUCAUCGAAUAAGAAACUUGUAUCUGAGCGCAGUUCUAAGGCAAGAUAUCACUUUCUAUGAUACAAAAGUCAGCACUAGUGAUAUUAUGCAUGGAAUUUCAAGUGAUGUUGCACAAAUCCAAGAAGUGAUGGGGGAGAAGAUGGCACAUUUCAUCCAUCAUAUAUUUACCUUCAUUUGCGGUUAUUGUGUCGGGUUCUUAAGGUCAUGGAAGAUAUCUCUGGUGGUUUUGUCAGUCACUCCAUUAACGAUGUUUUGUGGCAUUGCUUAUAAGGCCAUUUAUGUCGGUCUAGCUACAAAAGAAGAGGUUUCUUAUCGGAAAGCUGGUGGCGUAGCUGAGCAGGCAAUCAGUUCAAUUAGAACUGUAUUUUCUUUUGUUGCUGAGGAUAAGUUGGCCAGGAAAUAUGCUGAUUUAUUGAUGAAGUCGGUGCCUAUCGGUGCAAAGAUUGGGUUUGCUAAGGGUGCUGGAAUGGGAGUUAUUUACUUGGUUACCUACUCAACAUGGGCACUGGCCUUUUGGUAUGGAUCUAUCCUGGUUGCAAGGAAAGAGAUAAGUGGAGGUGAUGCAAUAGCUUGCUUCUUUGGUGUCAAUGUAGGGGGAAGAGGAUUGGCAUUGUCUCUAUCAUAUUUUGCUCAAUUUGCGCAAGGCACAGUAGCAGCAACCAGAGUAUAUGAAAUUAUAGACAGAAUUCCUGAUAUAGAUCCUUACAGCCCCCAUGGGAGGAUACUGUCAACUGUUGGUGGAAGGAUCGAGUUCAAAGGCGUUACUUUUGCUUACCCAUCGCGUCCUGAAACUGUAAUUCUCCGCUCUCUUAAUCUAGUUAUUCCAUCCGCAAAGACUCUUGCACUGGUUGGUGCUAGUGGUGGUGGCAAGUCCACCGUUUUUGCUCUCAUAGAGAGGUUCUACGAUCCCAUCAAUGGAGUAGUAACCUUGGACGGUAAUGACCUGAGGACACUGCAAGUCAAGUGGCUAAGAGGUCAAAUAGGCAUGGUUGGGCAGGAGCCAGUUCUGUUUGCCACCAGCAUACUAGAAAAUGUGAUGAUGGGAAAGGAGAAUGCCACAAAGAAAGAAGCAAUCAGUGCUUGCAUUGCUGCCAAUGCUCACAGCUUUAUCUCUGGCCUUCCCUUUGGCUAUGACACUCAGGUUGGAGAUAGGGGAACCCAACUCUCAGGGGGACAAAAACAGAGAAUUGCACUAGCUAGAGCUAUGAUUAAGAAUCCUAGAAUCCUUCUUUUAGAUGAGCCCACCAGUGCUCUGGACCCAGAGUCUGAAUCUGUUGUUCAGCAAGCCAUCGAUAAGAUAUCCACGGGCAGAACAACCAUUGUCAUUGCUCAUAGGCUAGCGACAGUAAGAAAUGCCAACACCAUUGCUGUUCUUGAUCAAGGCUCUGUUGUUGAAAUUGGUGACCAUCGCCAGCUAAUGGAAAAUGCUGGUGCCUACUAUGACCUUGUCAAACUUGCCUCUGAAGCUGUUUCAAAAUCUGCAUUGAAACAGGAGGAUGCUGCCAAGGAUAUGGAGUUCUCUAUUUACGAGAAAUCUGUUGAUUUGAGAUCUAAGAAUGCAUUUGAAACCUCAAAAUCAAGGUACUUAAAAUCAAUGCAAGCAGAGAAUCAACAAGAGGAGGAAAUGCAGGAAAGUGCAAAGCCAAGAAAGUAUCAACUCUCAGAAAUUUGGGGUCUUCAGAGACCAGAGAUUGUCAAGCUUCUUCUGGGCUUCCUUUUGGGUAUGCAUGCCGGUGCAAUACUUUCAGUCUUUCCUUACCUUCUAGGCGAAGCCCUAACAAUCUACUUUGAAGAUAACAAAUUCAAACUGAAGAGAGAUGUUGGACGCCUCUGUUUAAUACUUGUAGGUCUUGGAUUUGGUUGCAUUAUUUCUAUGACAGGCCAGCAAGGUUUAUGCGGAUGGGCAGGAACAAAACUUACCGUGAGAAUACGGGACCUCUUAUUUCGAUCUAUACUAAAGCAAGAACCUGGCUGGUUUGAUUUCGAAGAAAAUUCCGUAGGAGUACUUGUUUCAAAGCUCUCAAUUGAUUGUAUCAGUUUCCGAUCCGUUCUUGGUGAUAGACUCUCAGUCUUGUUAAUGGGUUUAAGUUCAGCUGCUGUUGGUCUUGGUCUGUCAUUUUAUCUGCAAUGGCGAUUGGCUCUUUUGGCUGCAGCACUAACUCCUUUCACUCUUGGUGCAAGCUACUUGAGUUUGAUCAUAAAUGUUGGACCAAAACUAGAUAAUAGCUCUUAUGCCAAAGCUAGCACAAUUGCUGCUGGUGCUGUUUCAAGUAUAAGAACAGUAGCAACCUUCUCUGCUCAAGACCAAAUAGUGGAGUCCUUUGAUAGAGCCUUGGCUGAGCCCAAGAAGAAAUCAGUGAAAAGGUCACAAGUUCUAGGCCUUACACUUGGAUUCUCUCAAGGGGCCAUGUAUGGUGCAUAUACCUUAACACUUUGGUUUGGAGCCUACCUCGUAAAACAAGGCGAAACAAACAUUGGCGUGGUAUACAAAAUUUUCCUCAUUCUUGUGCUAAGUUCGUUUUCUGUUGGACAACUAGCGGGGCUAGCGCCGGAUACUUCCAUGGCUGCUCCUGCAAUUGCUGCUAUUUUUGAUAUCAUUCAUCGUAAGCCAUUGAUUCGUAGUGACCGGGAUAGAGGUAAGAAAAUUGAUAGAUCAAACCUAUUGGAUAUCGAGCUCAAGAUGGUAACUUUUGCAUAUCCCUCUAGGCCUGAGAUUAUUGUGUUGAGGGAUUUUUGCUUAAAGGUCAAAGGUGGUAGCACGGUGGCCUUAGUUGGGGGUAGUGGGUCAGGAAAAUCAACUGUUGUAUGGUUGAUACAAAGGUUUUAUGAUCCUAAUCAAGGGAAGGUGACAAUGGGAGGGGUGGAUUUGAGGGAUUUUAAUGUCAAGUGGUUAAGGAGUCAAACAGCUUUGGUCGGUCAAGAGCCUGCAUUGUUUUCUGGUAGUAUAAGGGAAAAUAUUGCAUUUGGAAAUCCUAAUGCUUCAAGGGCUGAGAUUGAAGAGGCUGCAAGUGAAGCAUGCAUUCACAAGUUCAUCUGUAGCCUCCCUCAAGGCUAUGAAACUCAGGUAGGAGAGAGUGGGGUUCAACUAUCUGGUGGCCAAAAACAAAGAAUAGCAAUAGCAAGGGCAAUUCUAAAGAGAUCAAGGGUGCUACUGCUAGAUGAAGCAAGUAGUGCACUGGACUUGGAAUCAGAGAAGAAUGUCCAAGAGGCACUAAGGAAGAUCUCUAAGAGGGCAACGACUGUUAUAGUGGCUCACAGGCUUUCUACCAUUAGAGAAGCUGAUAUGAUUGCUGUAGUGAAAGAUGGUGCAGUGGUGGAGUAUGGUAGUCAUGAUGCACUCUUGAAUUCACAUCGUAAUGGUUUGUAUGCUAGCAUGGUUCGUGCAGAAACUGAAACUAAUGCAUUUGCUUGAGCCACUUGUUGACUCAAACCUUUAAUUUGUCCGUUUGGCCAUCCACCUUGAAUUUUCAUUUUCGAUGUAAAUAAAUAGUUACCAUCUAACUUAAAGUCGGUUUUGUUUCUGGUCAUUUGGCUGUGGCUGUAUGAUUGCGCCAUCCACGAGAUGUCCUUUCGCUCAUCCAGCCCAGUGUACCUGAUCAGACAGUUUUGGUCAU